GUGACCUUUGACCUUACACUGAGCCCUUAGCUUAGUGCUGGUGAAGAAUCGUACUUGCUGGUGCCAAAAUGUCGAGUAUUAAGGUCGAAGAAGUGCUCGAGGGGCUUGCAACGUUUGAUUCUGGCGACGAAUACCCUUUCUCUAGCGACGACUCUGCGGACAACGCUGAAAGUGGCAGCGAUUCUGACAACGACAAAGAUGAAGAAGAUGUAGUUCGCAGGCUAGGAGCUCGAGCUAGAGGAAUUCGAACUAGGGCUGCCGAGGCAGCUUCUUCAACUGAUCUCUGCCUUCAAAAUGGGACCAGUGAUGGUGACUGCUUGCCUCAGUAUCCCCGUGUUUGCAGUCAGCAAGGUGGAUUUAGCGACCAGGUCAGUUUGUCUGAUGACCCCAAACCUCUGGAAUUUUUUGGUCUCAUGGUGCCGGACUCUGUGUUCAAGAUCUGCACCGAACAGACAAACAAGUACGCCGUGGAUUAUUUCGCAGCCAACCCCAAAUCCGACCACAAGGCUCAUUCGCGGGUGCACCCCUGGCCCGACGAUGGCAUCACCGAGGCGGAGAUGAAGACGUUUCUCGCUCUCACCAUCGCCAUGGGACUCCUGCACCAACAGGACAUGCAGGACUACUGGAGCAGGGAUGAGGUUAUGGAGACUCCGUUCUUCCCAUCCAUGAUGACACGUGACAGGUUUCUCCUCAUCUUUAAGUUCUUCCAUCUCAGCGAUAACGACGCCUACCAUCCCCGUAACCACCCCCAGCACGAUCCCAUGCACAAGCUGGGAGCAAUAUACCAAACCCUCGCGGAGAGAUUCCAGACCGCGUGGCACCCUGGGAAGGAUAUCUGCGUAGAUGAGGGUGUCGCGCCUUUUCGUGGUCACGACGAGUUUCUCACAUCUAAUCCAGACAGGACUGACAGGUACAAACUCAAGGCUUACCACCUGUGCGACUUGAACAACGGCUACUGCUGUGAAUUUGAGAUGUAUGGGGGUAAAGGGAAGGAACUCUCAGGCAAAGGUAUGGCGGGUGACGCGGUGUCUCGACUUGUAGAGCCAUACCUUCAGAAAGGUCACAAACUGAAGUGCGACGACUCCCACACUUCUUCUCGGCUGUUUCUCGGCUCCCACAAUGCCGGAACAAAUGCUCGCGAAACCAGACGUCAACCCAAGCGCCGUCACACUGGAAAAGAAGUCUCAAAGCUAGACUUUAUUUCUGAGUAUAGCCAGUACUUGAGUACUGUUGAUGCUUCCAACAUGAGCUUCAGAUGGCGUGCAUUAAAGUGGUGGAAAAAGGCCUUCUUCCACAUGCUAAGCCUUGCCCUGGUCAACGCCCAUGUGUUACACAAAGAACACAUGUCCUCCCGUGGCAAGAAAGCCUUGGAGCACAAGGAGUUUCGGAGGGAAGUAGUCAAGGAGCUCAUCGCCACCUCAGGGUACGAGAGGGUCGGACAGGAGAGGAGAACCGGCGCCGGUAGCCUGUUGCGUCUGACAGGGCGACACUUCCUGGAGAAGAAUCCCGCGAGGGAGGAUGGCAGGGUCAAAGUUCGGACCUGCCAGGUCUGCUGUCCGGCGGAGAGGAAGUAUCGCAGAGAGCGCGGGUUUCUCCUGGGAAAGAGAGCGGGCCAUGAGUCUGCGUACCAGUGUCAGCAGUGCCAGGUGGUCCUGUGCAUCACACCAUGCAUGAAGCUGUACCACACAGAGGAAGACUAUCAGGAGGCCUGGAUAAGGCUCAUGCACCCAAAUGAAUGACUUCUUUCAACAUACAGUCCUAAACUCACAUGUAGUGAUGUGACAUUGUGUAGUGUACCCUUUUCCAAAACUGUAUGCAUGGUCUAGGUACAUGUAACUCUAUGGGUGCUCACUAUAGAGCAGAUUCUAUGGAAACAAUGUGGAAAGAUGCAUUUUACUGUUUUUAUUGCUUCUAUAUUACAUUUGUAGUUUAUAUGUUAGUUUAUUUUUGUAUUCCUGGAGCAAUUACAGUUUGAAAUCUUUCAUCCGAUAUGCAACCAUGGUCAGUACCAUCUUUAUGAAGGCACUAGUUGUGUAAUAUGAUGUAGUAGUAAAUCUGAACAGUCAGUUCAGCAUAUCUUUUAAUAAUUAGUGUCUUUGUGAUUUUUUUUUCUCAUGUAUGUUACCCUGAUAUUGUCAGGACAUUUCAAGAAUUCUAAAGAUGUAUUACUUGUACUCUGUAUUGUUUUGAUAAUACACAAAGUAUAUGAAAAAUAUAAUUCAAUUGCAUCAUUACCCUUGCAAUUAAUUACUGUUGGCACUAGGCUAUAUUUACGAUAGAUUUUCAAAACCGUAGAGAUUCUUAGCUUUCCAAGCCCUACUGCA